AAGUCUGAGGCAAGUUCAGUGGGAGUAAAGAAGAGGGGGAACCGAGUAGCCUACACAGGACGGAGUUUAAACUCUGGGACAGUGGUGGACUUGGACAUUUUUUGCAGAAAAGCAACAGAAAGUAACUCUGCAGUGCAGACAAAGAGGACCCAGCAAACUGCCUGCAGAGACGCAUACACUUUCCAACAUCUGGUCUGCUGGAGGACGGGGCGAGCCGGAGAGACAAACUGUUGGAGGCGGAGAGAAAACAAUCUUCGCUGGAAUAUGCAUUGAAUUUGGGAGUUUUGGGCUACCUACAUGAGCCGAAAAGAGAGCUGGUGGUCGUGUGAGGUGAAAAGAGUGGAGGCAAAGAGGACGGGAAAGGUCGCAGAGGGCGAGAAGUCCACCUGGUCGGUCAGAGAAUGAAUUAGCCGAAAGUUUGGCUGCACUGCGUCCCAGCCAGAGAGAAGGCUCACUCCUUGGCCCCUCCACCUCCUCCCAUAAGAGCCAGGCCUACGCCCAUGGAUGAGGAGAGGAAGGCCCCUGCCAUCUCCCCAGAGCCACCAGAUGAGGGGGACCCCACUCCAGCUCCACAGCACAGUUCACACGAGACCUCGACAACAGAGAUAGCAAACAGCUCCCCGAACCCAAAGCCCUGUCCUAGUCCAGAUGUGGCCCACACCUAUACUGAGCCCCUCAUAUUGAGGUUAAAUGGCACCCCAGAAAGGUUGCGAGGGGAGGAUGAAGACAAGCGCAGCAGCAGCCUCUCACACACGGAGCUUACAACACCCAGCAAGAGUAUUACAUCUCAACCAACAGCCAGAUCCACGCCUGUCCACCACAUCCAGCCAUGUCGGACACAGCCCAGCGGCCAACAACGCAACGGAGCCAAGCACCACGCACACACACACUCCACUCAAACGCACUGUCCGCAUCACACGCCUCGCACACACAUACUCCAGUCCAACGGGGUCAGGAACGGGGGCCCUCAUGGGCAUCCUAAGCUGGGCUCCCUCCCCAGAGGUGAAUCCUCCACCUCCUCGUCCUCUUCAGCGGGACCCAAACACACCAAGAAAUUGCGGUCCAACCCCUCCAUCACAUCCCAAAGCAGUAAGAGGAGCAAGAGCAGCUCCAAGAGCAACAGCUCUCAGAUUCCCACAGAGUCACAGGACGACUGCUGUGUUCACUGUAUCCUGGCCUGCCUCUUUUGUGAAUUCCUAACUCUGUGUAACAUCGUGCUGGACUGUGCCACAUGCGGCUCCUGUGCGGGGGACGACUCGUGUUUCUGCUGCUGCUGUGCAUCAGAGGAGUGUGGCGACUGUGAACUGCCAUGUGACAUGGACUGUGGCAUCAUCGACGCCUGCUGCGAGUCUGCAGACUGCCUGGAGAUCUGCAUGGAGUGUUGCAGCCUUUGCUUUUCCUCCUGAGGUGGCCCAGCUGCCACCACGGUGGGGCAAAGUAGAUGUCUGCUACAAAGUGCCACAGCCAAGGCACAACUUCAACAAAUGUCUCCCCAGAGCUGGGAAGUGCUAUACAUCUUUGUUGCCUGUGCUCUGUGGUUAACACUCUAUUGAAUGGCCUAGUUGGCUCUAGAAUUAGGUUUCUUACAAGGUUUGCUAAGCAAUAACAUGCUGAGAGCGAUCAAUGUUGAUUCCUCCUCUCUUUUAUUGAUCAAACCAUGUGACAUCAGCUUCCCGUCUUUGCCUUUGCUGCGGCCCCUUGCUACACAACUGGAUGCAUGAUGUAGAGUGAGUUCUAGCUCUGUUCUGGGAGUGUCUGCCAGGCUGUACAGACUGGGCGUUCGGACCCUCUCAGAACAAGCCAUUAUCACAAUGGAGCCCCUUGUGCCAUCUGAAUCAGUGGAGUUCUCCAAGCAUGAAAAAUGACCUCCAAAGGCAAAUGAGAAAAUGGCUCCAUUUAACCGGAUUUUAGUGUUUCUGUAGAUAAGAGCAGCAGCAUAAUGGGAAAAUGGAAGCUCAGAUCUCAAUAGAAACAUAGUCUGUCCUCCUGUCCUUGGCAAGGUUAAAGUCUUCCAGUUUGAUUGCGAACAGUGGCCUUUGUGACACACACACAGACACACACUUAGUGGUGGAUCCACCGCUGUCUUUGUUCUUAUUGCAAUGUACAAAAAUAUAGAACGUUAAUGGUGGCUUGUGGCAAUACUACAGAGAAAUUUCUUUUGUUAAUAUGCAUCUCACAGUCUUAUUCAGAGAAGAAUCAUGAGAGUGUCUGGCAUCAGUUAAAAGAUGGGUCAAAAUAAAUGAGUACUGUAAGUGACUUUUGAGUGAACGGCUGAUAGCAAUCGUCAUGGACACAUUCUCUACUCUAACAUGUGAAGGGAGAGAGUUUUAAUCAAAGGUCUCUCCUCAUUUAAUGUUUCACAUCUUGUUUACUUUUACAUUGUUUAUUUUGAGGGGCUUCGGCUGGAUUCAGUGGAUUCCUCCUCAUCUAAAAAAAGUCAAGGCUGGAAGAGGAUGGAAGGCAUCAUCUCUUUUUAACAUGUUUCAUUUUUCUUUGUCAUUUUGUUAUGUGAACAAAUGGCCUUGGCUAAGCUUUAAGGCCUGAAUUUUCCAGUAGAUUCCUCGCCUUUACCAAAUCUCUAUUAAUCCUUGUUUUGUAGAUUUUAGUAAAGAUAUUUGCAUUUCUCCUCUAAUGUGAAAAUCACAUUUCUGUGUUAUCGGGUUUUGCCGGGCUCUCUAUAAAGCAGACAUUGCUCAACAUCUAAUUUAAUUCCUUGAGUGAAAAUCUCACGACAUUAUGCUAAGUUAGAUCCAUAUGCUCGCAGUGUGAAUGGUACGCUUUUGAUAACAGGCCCGCACUCUCGUAUGCUCAGAUGCAUACUUUCUCCAACUCAAUACCUCUUGAGAUGUCGCCCAUAUCUGUUGUGCAUUUUAAAAUGACUUGAUACAAAUCUCUCUCCUCUCUUAUCAAAUACUGUUUGUGCAAUCCUUUUUUCUUGGAAAUACCAAAGAAAGUUUUCCUGUUACUGGACCUUAGUUUUUAGACACACAAUUACUCUGAAGGGUCUUUGCCGUGCUGAUGUGGCUUUGGUUUUUCAAACCCUAUUUAGGGCUGAAAUAUAACACUGUUGAUUAAAAAUACACUAAAGCUGCCAAUCCACCUGAUAACACAGAAGCAUAAAAUCGAGUUUUGGGAUAUCAACAAAUGCAACUUGAAAAUAUAUUAAGACCUUUCAUUUCUGUUUAUAUAAGAAAGGAUGUGUUUUAGAUGUUGACACGUUUCAAAAUCCUGGAGUGCCCUGGAAAACGAUGCAAUUUAAAUAACAGCACAAAGAGAUUUAUGAAGGGAGAACUGGAUUAUAUAAUGUUGUGUAUAGAGGUUAUAUCAAUGUCAUUUGUUUUGAUUAACAACAUAUUCCCAGUGCAGAUUGUGAAGACGUUACUUCAUCCUGGGACUGUCACCAGACCAACCAUGUCACAAAAAUGGAAAUAUGAAAAGAAAUCUUAGGGAAUGCAAGGCUAAUCAAUGAGUUUGGAAGACAAAUAAAAGCACUGGUUUGUUAUAGUAGUCAAUCAGUACAAAUAAUAAAGAUUAGUCUACAAAUGUAAGUUAGCUACAGAUUAAACAUACUAAUGAUAGCAUAACUGGCCUCCACUGAUGACAAUGGCCUGGCUACUCUGCCUGUUAGCCGGCAGUGUUAAACUAAACCAUUCAUCUUGCCUUCAUGCAAACUAUCACUAUUGCUAUUUGGAAUAUUAAUACAUAUUAACAUUUUUGUUACUGACUCAUUUUACAGCACAAACAAUACGUCUGCUUUAGACUUGAUGAUUUUUAGACUGAUUAUGUGGAAAACUGAGUUGCUUUACAAAGAAUCAUGAUCAUUAUUACCAGAGAUGUGACUAAUCCAUUGGGAGCAGGAAGCCUUAGACCAAAUCCAGUUGGCAUGUUGUUUCCUAACUCUUGUUUAUGACUGUGCAUAAAAACGACUUCACACACUCUAGCUCAAGUUUCAAGAUUCUUACACAGUGCCAGCUUCUCACUGAACCUAAAAACGCAAAGGGUCAAUCUUUUAAAAAGACUUAGCUUAUUUUGCUUACAUUCCUGUUUCCAGCUCAGAUGUCAUUGGAUGAAGGUCAACAGAAACCUACCGGAGAAAAAACGACUUUGCAACUCCCCUUUUUGCUGUAGAUCUUAUAAAGAAGUCGAACCCUCCUGUGAAGUUCCUGCUUUCCAAAAUUAGUUUAGCCUGGGUGUUAAAAGAGUCCUUGUUGGAGUAUGUCAAUACUUUGUUGUGCAAUGCAUCAUAAAUCUUGUGAAACAACAGUGAACACAUCAUUUAAGUUUUAUUCAAUGGUGUUUGAACACAAUUAUGUCAUGAUCCUUAAAUACUUUUUAUGUCCAUCAUCAAAAGUGCCUCACUAAUUGGUUGGGAGUGGUGACAGUCUGAUGGAUGAAAACACUGACUGGUUGGUCUGGAGAUGGAUAAUAUUUCUGGACAUAGAGAGAUGAACAACUGUCUUAUAUUUCAGUCACUCUCUGGAUUGUAGAGAUGGCAUAGGGAUAUGGAUUCAAUGUUUUAACUGUACUAGACUCAAAUAUUUCCCCACUACUCGGUCAAUCAUUACAGUAAUACUUGAAGAAAACAAGUUGACUUUCAAUGGUGUCGAUAAUCAGUAUUAUCAGUAUUUUUGUUUGAGUUAACCAACUACAAAAACGUUUAAUUGUUAACUUUCCCAGAUGUAUUGUCUUUUUUAUAAGAUGCCAUUUGGAUAUUGGUUGAAAGGACUCUGCAGUCCUCUGAAAGUUAUCUUUGCCCGGAUUAGUUGUUACUCGACUUUAGUCCACUAUAAUGUCAUUUUGUUUACACUACACCCAUUUUAUGUCAAUUUGAAUUGCUGUCCUGGAAGUCACGUUAAAAUCUCCUAGUUUAAGACUGAAUAAACAAUGUGAACUCCA